UAUUUACCACAAAAUUUUUUUCUUCUAUGUCGUGAAUAUUCAUUUUAUUUAUUAAUAUUUAAAAAAUAAAUCAUUAAUUUACAUCUGACAUAAAUAAUUGAUUACUUUUAAUAAAAACAAUUUUUAUACAAUAUAAAAAUGUCUGGUCCAGAUGUUAAGAUUAAAUUGAUAAAUUGUGUACGUAAAUAUCCAGGAUUAUAUAAACCGACAUAUGAAAUGUAUCGUAAUCGUAAUUAUUCAAUAACAGCUUGGGAAAAAAUAAUUAAAGAGUGUAACAUUGAUACCGUGACGAAAGCUAAAGACAUGUGGGCUAGUCUCCGCAAAUCUUAUAUCGGUCAUUUAAAAGCACCUGGAAAAAAUCCACCAAAAUAUUUUCAAGAAAUGAGUUUUUUGCGUCAAUAUAUACCCGAGACAGCUGCCGAUGGAUUUAAUGAUGACGAGCCAGUUAAAUUGAAAACUGUCGCCUCUGCAGUCUUGAAACCAACCACCAAAAAACAAGAAAACGCUAAAGUUGGAGCCGUGAAGAAGCAGCCAAAGCAACCGAAGGAUAAAAUCCCAGAUGAUUUAAAACUUUUCUUUGACUCCAUGUACGCUACGACCAAAAAACUGCCCUCUUCGCUUCAGCGCCACGUGAGAAAUCAAAUAUUCGAAAUCGUUUCAUACGCUGAAAACACUAUGGAUUAAUUUGACCGUCAGCUAAUUUAUAUUUCAUUCAAUACAACCAUUAUAACUUUAUUAUUAUCAUCAUGUAAUCGGCGUGUUCAAUACCGUCGAGUU